AUGAUAGUCACGCCUGAAAAACAAAUAAACACAAUAGAUUACAAUGGUAGUAAAUAUAUCGGUGAAGUUAACGAAAAUGGAAAAUCAGAUGGGCAAGGAAGUGAAUGGCGAUCUGAUGGUAAUCAUUAUGAAGGACAGUUUAAACCAGCAAAUUAUGGAGGCCAUGACGUUUAUUAUUAUGCACUAGGAAAAGAACAAAUUAAGUACGAUGGUGAAUUUCGAAAUGGUGAACGAAAUGAACAUGGCAUUGAGUAUUAUUCUAAUGGUGACAGAUACGAUGGAAAUUGGAUUAAUAACAGCAGAGAAGGUCAAAGUACUCAUACAUUUAAGAGCAGAGAGUAG